GGAGCCUGAUGGAGCAGGAGAGGAGGGGAAGACUGGAGGGUCUGUAAGUGCAGAGCAGAGAGUACGAGACAUCUGAGGGUCUGUAGAGGCUGCAGAGAAGAGAAGGAGGUAUUGGCAAGUGGAAAGGGGGAAGUGGGGGAGAGAGAGGUGGUGAGUGUAUGCUUGCAUGCUUUCAGAGUGAGGAUAGCCAGAGUGUAAGGGACAGGGUAGGAGUGCAGGAGGAGGGAGCGCAGGGUCGGCUCUUGGUGACACCUUGGAGGGGUUGUAAGAGGAGAGGGCGGGGGGGAAAGUCAUCUGGGGUGGAUUUCAGGGCAGGACGAGCUGUCAGAGCGCAGGGCAGAAGUGUGAGGAGUCACUGUGAGGGAAGAAGGGGAAAAUGUUGAGGGAGAAGAAGACAUAAGAUAGAAAAUAUGAAGCGCUGAGAGGUGGAAAAGAAGAGGGAAGCACUUGACUGGAAGGAGCGGCUGAGUGUUGAGGAAAUUAGGGGUGUUUGCUUGGAAGUAUGGGGUGCAUUCACAGCACGAGCACCGGCAGGAUAAAGAAGCCCGAUACAGGCACUGGAGGAAUCCCCAUAAAGGCAGACCCUGAGCUACAUCCUGAAAUCCUUCAACUUGCAGAGCUCGCCAAAUCAGGGAGCCACUCCUUCACAGUGAAGAGCUUCAAGAGGAAGCGAAUAUGCGACGUGUGCAAGCAGAACAUUGACAACCCUGCGGCUUUCUGCAAGGAGUGCAAAGUUGCAGUUCACAAGGCAUGUGAAGCCAAGGUGACUCCAACUUGCACCUCAACACCAGACCUGCAGAGUUCCACUAAAUCACAGAAGAAGAGAGGCUCCUUACCAAGGAGUAAAAGCGUGGAACAAGUGAUGGAGCAUGUGAUGGAGCACCAUUACAACUUUGACCUCACCUACAUCACAGAGAGGAUCAUCUCUGUCUUCUUCCUGCCAGACCUGGACGAGCAGCGAUACCGCAGAAACCUGCAGGAGGUGGCCUCCAUGCUAAAAUCCAAGCACCAGGAUAAGUUUUUGCUCCUGAAUUUAUCAGAGAAGAGACAUGACAUCACCAGACUAAACCCAAAGGUGCAGGACUACGGUUGGCCUGAUCUUCAUGCCCCGCCUCUGGACAGGAUUUGUGCUGUUUGUAAGGCCAUGGAGACCUGGCUGACCUCCGACCCCAACAAUGUGGUGGUCCUGCACUGCAAAGGAAACAAAGGAAAGACUGGGGUCAUUGUGGCAGCUUACAUGCACUACAGCAAGAUAUCAGCUGGAGCGGAUCAGGCUCUUACCACAUUGGCAAUGAGGAAGUUCUGUGAAGAUAAAGUCUCGUCUUCCCUGCAGCCCUCUCAGAACAGGUACAUCUACUACUUUGGUGGUUUGUUAUCAGGUACCAUCAAAAUGAACAGCAGUCCUCUGUUCCUUCACCAGAUCCUCAUUCCCUCUUUACCAAACUUCCAGGCAGGAGGAGGUUAUUAUCCUUUCUUGAAAAUCUACCAAUCUCUACAACUGGUCUACACCUCAGGCGUCUAUGAUCCUCAGAGCUCCAGAGCAAGAAAGCUGUGUGUGACUAUGGAGCCGGCGCUACUGUUAAAGGGUGACAUUAUGGUGAAGUGCUACCACCGACGGAGCCGAGCGGCAGAGAGGGAGGUGGUCUUCAGAGUCCAGUUCCACACCUGCACUGUUCAUGGAGCCCAGCUGUGGUUUGGCAAGACUGAACUGGACUUGGCCGGCACAGAUGACAGGUUCCCUCCAGAUGCUACAGUGGAGUUUAUCUUCUCCACUGGCCCAGAAAAAAUGAAAGGUCGAGAAUACCGCAAGAAUGAUGCCUCCAUCAAAGUGGACUACAACACCUCGGAUCCUGUGGUCAGAUGGGACUCCUAUGAGAACUUCAAUCUGCACCAUCAAGACAGCAUGGAAAAUAUCUCUCAUACGAGGGGGCCUCUGGACGGCAGCUUGUACGCUCAAGUGAAAAAGCGCCGUGGACCAGGUGCAACUGCCUCAGCAGCAUCACCCAAUGGAUGCCUCACUAGCAGCCCAACGGUGAAGCCCCAAGCUCCCACCCAGCCCCAGCCUCUUACCUACAGCCCCAACUCCAGCUGCUCCUCGGUCCCCUCUGAUCGCCCCGGAGACACCUCUCCAUCCAUGGACUGUCCUGAAAAAGACAACAUUGACUCUCCAUUGAGGAGAGGAGAUGGGGAAGAUAGAGCAAAGGAGAAGGCAAGAGGAAAAGAAAGGGAUAGAGAAACAGCAAUUUUAGAUGAUGGAGACCCUUCGAGUCCUGGGGGUUUGAGGCGAGAACAAUCAUGCUGCAGUCGAGCAAGUAUGAAGUGUGUUGAUGUGGGAUGGGAGCGGGACAGAGAGCUCUGUCUCUCCAAUGGUCACUGUCUCGGACGAUGCAACAGCAUUAAAAACCACCCAAAAAGCCAAACUCUGCCAGCGUUACCAUCCAAAUCGGUGUCUCCUCCUCCCCUUUCAGCUCAUAUGGAACUCUGCCAUCGUCAUAGUGCCCAUCCUUUACCAGAGUUACCAUGGGAACGUUCACCUCCCCCUCCUCCAUCCCUGCCUUGUCUCCACAGGCCAUGCUACCCUUAUCCCACUCAUGAACACCCACACAGUCACACCCUGCCAGCCUCAAACAGACUCUACACUGGGGAGGAGUGUCAUCUUUUCCAUUAUUCCAGCCACGGCCCAGGCUCUCACCUCUCCCCACACCAGUCGCAGCCAUCGAGCCCUUACAGAGAAAUGUUCUUCGGCUCUCCCAAACCUUCGUCUGGUUGCCACUGUCAGGACUGCUCCAGCAGGCGAGAGCUCCAGUCAGUCAGAACAUUCCACCCACUGCACCCAGACCAGGCUGAAAACCCACACUGGUCCCAAGGAGCAGGGGUACAACGAACAAGAGAGGCACCUCCGCUAUGGGAAACUGAAAAUCCAUGGGAGAUGACAAGAGAGGCAGAGUUCUGGCAGUGCAAACCAGCCAUGCCAGCAUUUCGCCUCUGUCACUCCACUUUGGACCAGGUUCCAAACCCGGAGCAACCUAGACUUGCCCUCGCACCUCACCAGAACUACCCCAUUCCCCAUUCACUCUUAGAUGUUCGGGAUGGAGCCAGCAGUGGAUAUCACACCCCUCCACAGCCCCGCCACUCCUGCCCCUGUUCUCCUUACCAGUCGUCCCCAGCUGAGAGCCAUGAGAGUCGGGGUUAUGCCUCGGGGUACUCUGGAUCAGCUUCGCCUCUGCCAGCUAGCAGCCCAUCUCCUGGGAGAGGAAGGCUGCCUGAGACGCCCUCAGGACCCAGAGACCAGGCGCACACUGAGCAUCUCAAAGUGGAAAAGGCCAAGACUGACACAGAGGAUGACAAGGUCUCUCAAGGUUCAGAGAGUAAAUCUGACUCUAACUGUCAGUCAAGCACCCCUGGAUUGGACUCCGACCAUGACUAUACACUUAUUGGUAGCAGCAGCCCAACACACACAGAAGACAGUGUAACUGCUGAUAGCCGUCCUCAAAGCCAAGAAACUUCGACACAACUGGAGUCCAACAGCAAAACUAUCACACCAGUACCAACAGAAGCACAAACCCAAACUCCAACCGUAUCUAUAAACCUCACACAGCCAUCAAGUGAGUCCUCUCAGAGCUGGAGUCCGGAUCCUAAGGUUGGAGCAGCCAAAGUCACAGGAAGUGCAGAUGGUUCUAACCAAUCACGUGCUUCAAAUUAUGCUACUGUCAUCAUCACUCCAGUCCAAGUGCAGCUCAAUGGGUCCGCCCUUCCUACUGAUUCCCCAUCUGACUGCAGCAGAAGUGUAUCAGUGAAUCCUUCUACCUCCCUAACGUCUAGUCCUUCCACCACUUCCCCAAACUCUCCUGUUGGCUCCCCAGAGCUGCAGGCAUCUCCUCAGCGUUCCGCAUCUGCUACAGAUGUAGCAGGACAAAGACUGACUCCAGACAGAGACAGCUCAGCCGACACCAAACCUCCAUCACCUGUACCUGAUGGAUAUCACACACCAAACUUCCCUUUAGCAUCCUAUUACUACUCAUUAUUAAAUGUCCCCCAUGUCCCAUACACCGGGUACACUGCAGUCACUAUCCCUGCCAUCCAGCCACCACUUCCGGAGAAGAAACGCUUUUCCUCCACAGCUGGAUCCCUGAAUGGACACAACUCACUCCUCCGGGCCUCCUCGGCUCCGUCCCCCACGCACCACGUUAGUUUCUCCCCUGCUGUGGGGGAGCAGAGACGGGGAUCUGCACAACAGAGCAGUAGGGAGGAGGAAAACAUCAGGGUGAAUGCUAAGUUUGUCCAGGACAGCUCCAAGUACUGGUACAAACCAGGCAUCUCUAGAGACCAAGCCAUAGCUGUGUUGAAGGAUAAGGAACCAGGAACUUUCCUCAUCAGAGACAGUAAUUCCUUCCAAGGUGCCUAUGGUCUGGCCCUCAAAGUGGCCACUCCUCCUCCUAAUGCCAACAUUGCUGGGAGCAAAGGGGAUCCUCUGGAACAGCUGGUGAGACACUUCCUCAUCGAGACUGGGCCACGGGGAGUGAAGAUCAAGGGCUGUCAGAACGAGUCCUACUUCGGAAGCUUAUCUGCCUUAGUGUACCAGCAUUCAAUUACUCCCAUCUCUCUGCCAUGUGCCCUUCGCAUCCCAGAAAAAGAUCUGGUUGGGGAGCUUCAGGAGAUGCAGAGUGCAACAAAUACCAGCACAGCAGCUGACCUCCUCAAACAAGGAGCAGCUUGCAACGUGCUCUACCUGAACUCUGUAGAAACGGAGUCGCUAACGGGGCCGGAAGCGGUCUCCAAGGCAACCAAGUGUACUUUGGCUCUGAAUCCACGUCCAGUGGCAACGGUGGUCCACUUCAAAGUGUCCUCUCAGGGCAUCACGCUAACCGACAGCAAAAGAAGGCUAUUUUUUAGGAGACACUAUCCAAUCAACAGUGUCACUUUCAGCAGUCUUGACCCCCAAGAUCAGAGGUGGACUAAUUCUGAUAGCACGACAAGCAAGAUGUUUGGCUUUGUGGCCAGACGGACAGGUGCUGCCACAGAGAACGUGUGUCACCUGUUUGCAGAGAUGGACCCCGAACAGCCAGCUGUGGCAAUUGUCAACUUUAUCAACAAAGUCAUGCUUGGACCACAGCUAUGCAGAUGAGAAAGCAGGAGCAUUUCAAAAUUUGGACUCUUAGGGGAUCCGGGGGAGAUGUUAAUAUGAUUUUAACAUAUUUUCCAAUCAAGUGUGUAUGCAGUGACAUUUUUAUUUGCAUUUGUGCAGGUGGCACCGCCGUGCUCGGCUGUAUGACUGUAUUUUAAAGAGAAUCCAGUUCAAAUCACUGCUCUGUAAGAUGAAGACUUAUUUAGAUGUCAGUUUACUAAAAAAGUUACAAAGGAGUGGUCUGAAAAGCCAAAAAGCAACCCAGCUUUGGCGAUCCUUGCCAAAAGAGAUCGAAAUAAUAGUUUAAUUUGUUUUGUGUUGGUUUUUUUUCUGCUAUUUAUAAAGAAAAUCCAUUUAUCAAAUGUAUUAAAGAUUCUCUACAUCCGUAUUCAAAGCAAAGAGGGCUCAGAAGGUCAAAACAAUGUGGCAGAAUGUAAGUGGCAUGUUUAAGGUGUAAACUGGCAUGAUUUCAAUUGUGAUCCUAAUGCAAAGUGGGAGAGAGUAAAGUAAGCGAUUUAAUGGAAGCAGUCGUGUAUUAUGAUUAUCUAAGGAGAAAGUGUCUUUAGAUACAUUUUAACUCCAUCUUUACCUACAUAGAUGCAGCAAUCAGUAUUGGGUUUCCACAGUAUCUUUACUAAUAAAAUGAUUGUUCCAGUGUUAACCACAGAUGUAAAUGAGUAUUAAAGUGAAAAUAACAAGGCUUUAAAACACAUAAAGGUACAUGACUACAUUGCAAGGAUAUUUGCAGCUUCUCUACUGCUACAAGUAAUAGAAAGCUUUAUUUUGUGAAGCUAAAAAAUGCAAGGAAUUGAAAUAUAUUGCCCUCAGAUGAAAUGUACAAUGUCCAGAAUGUUGGUAAUGUCAUUAUAAAAAGGGCCAGUGUAGAAAAGUCUCUCCACAUCACAGGUGAGCCUUGUUCCUGUUUUAGAUUUUAACAAAUAUCCAUGGAAACAUAUGAUUCAUUUGUGUCGGAGUUUCACUUUAAGCCAAAGAUUUGUUGUGUAAAGAUAUUUUGUUGUUUGUUUUGUUUUUAUCUUCUUUUUGUUUGGUAUUUGUGUGUUUUCUAUAAACUGAGACAGUAUUUAGAUGACUUAAGCACAAUCAUUAUUUUUCAUAUUGGAUUUUUAUGUAAAAGAAGUAAUAUAUUUUAGGCCUCUGAGGUGGUGAAAAGAACGGUGUAUGUCAUAUUUGACAAGAAGAUUAAACUCAGAAAUUCAAACUA